UCGAUUGAGCAGCCUGUCGGUGGGCGCUGCCGCAGCGGGGCCGGACGUGCCUGGGCCCGCUCCCGGUCCCGGUCCCGGUCCCGGUCCCGAUCCCGAUCCCGAUCCCGCUCCCGGUCCCGCUCCCGCUCCCGCUCCCAGCCCCGAUCCCGCUCCCGAUCCCGGGCCCGCUCCCGAUCCCGAUCCCGGUCCCGGUCCCGAUCCCGCUCCCGGGCCCGCUCCCGAUCCCGGUCCCGGUCCCGGUCCCGGUCCCGCUCCCGAUGCUGCGCUGGCUGAUCGGCGGCGGCCGGGAGCCGCAGGGCUUGGCCGAGAAAUCCUCUGUACAGACAAUUGGUGAAGAGCAAAUACAGAAUCCUUACACGGAGCUCCUUGUGUUGAAAGGCCAUCAAGAUAUAGUACGAUUUCUAGUGCAAAUAGAUGAUUACAGGUUUGCAUCUGCAGGAGAUGAUGGAAUCAUAUUUCUGUGGAAUGCUCAGACUGGAGAAAAACUUCAUGAACUUCAUGGACACACACACAAAAUUACAGCUAUAGCACCAUUUGCUUCAUCAGAUGCUACAGAAGAAAAAACAAAUUUGAUUAUAACAGCAUCAGCUGAUAGAACAGUUAUUGUUUGGGACUGCACUAGUGGCAGACAGGUUCAGAAAGUGUCAAGUUUCCAUUCUACUGUAAAGUGUUUGACAGUUCUUCAAAGACUGAAUGUAUGGUUGUCUGGAGGGAGUGAUCUAUGUGUUUGGAACCAAAAAUUAGAUCUCUUGUGUAAGACCAGUCAUCUUACUGAUGCAGGCAUCAGCGCUUUGGUUGAAUUGCCCAAAAAUUGUGUCGCUGCAGCAGUUGGCAAAGAGCUAAUAAUUUUUAGGCUGAGUUCUUCUAACAAUGGGUCUGAAGGUUGGAAUAUUGUUGAAGUAAAGCGCCUUGUUGACCAUCAGGAUAAUAUUUCAUCAUUAGUCAGUGUUAAUGAUUUGACUUUUGUGACAGGUUCUCACAUAGGUGAGUUAAUAGUUUGGGAUGCGCUUGACUGGACAAAGCUGGCAUCUGAGUGCAACUUCUGGGACUCCUCUGUCCAUCCAGAUGUACAACCAGAAAUAAAGUUAUCCCAAAGCCCACAUGAAACUUCAGUUCAACACUUAACAUCUGAUGAGGAGUGUGUGUUUGCUGCUGUUGGGAAAGGCAUAUACGUAUAUAAUCUUCAAAUGAAGCGUGUGAUUGCCUGCCAGAGAACUGCUCACGACUCCUCUGUGCUGCACAUUGAGAAGCUUCCAAACAGGCAGCUGAUCUCCUGUUCAGAAGAUGGCAGUGUGCGCAUUUGGGAACUCAGAGAAAAGCAGCAGCUGCCAGCUGAACCAGUUCCGACAGGGUUUUUCAACAUGUGGGGAUUUGGAAGAGCAAACAAGCAGGCAAACCAAGCUGCUAAGAAGAUGCAGGAGAAUACACCUGUGUAUUUCUUGGAGCUAGUUGGUGAUUUGAUUGGUCAUUCUUCAGCUGUGCAGAUGUUCCUGUACUUUGGUGAACUGGGAUUGGCUACAUGCUCUGCUGACCACCUCAUUAUUUUGUGGAAGGAUGGUGAACGAGAAUCUAGCCUCCGCAGUUUAACACUAUUUAAAAAAUUGGCACAAAAUGGUGAUUUGCAGCUCAGACUUUAAAUUGUUUGAAUACAGGCUGUAUAUAUGUAAACUGGAUGUGUUUUAAACAUGAGUGUAAAGAAUCUGACUACUAGUAGGGCUUACACUUAAUGUCAUGUGUUAUAUGGGAACUUCUCUGAGUUGCUACUCUUCUCAAAGGGGGAUUUUGCAUUUUGUAACGCUCUGUCAGCAGAAAUGCUGUUCUCUUGAAAAACUGAAGGUAAUGAUGACUCAUAAAAUAGUUUCUAAUAUUCCAAAUGUUUAAAAUUAUCACGGGUGAAUGUUAAAAUUAAGAAUUGUGAAAUAUGUUAGAUGGAUCAAAAUUAAAGCAGUUGAGGGUAUCCACAGUGCUAUGUGCAGGAAGAAAGCAUGGGAAGAAAUAUGCAGCUUCCCGCUCUAUCUAAUUUAUUUCUAGAAGCUGAACUUUCCUCACUGAUGGCUCGGAUUCGUUUGUGUGCAGAAAGUCCUGAAAGAAAGUAUUGUCAAAUAGAAAUUUUGCAUUUGAAGUUAAUAUCGUGCACCAAUGGUAAGAAAAAGAAAAAAGGUAGAUAAUGCCAGUUUGUCAGGUUCUAAAUUUUGGCAAACUGAGGUAUAGAGAAACUGUUAAUAGUAGUAGUAGCUGCAGUUUUACUUGGAUUAGCCUACAUUACUGGAGUGAAUACAGCAUUACCAUUACACCAUUACCAAGUUUAGCAUGCAGUGUGAUUAGUUUAGCUUGGUCUUUCCAUAGUGCAUUCAUCAAAUUAAAUUGUAUCUAAUAAAGAGCAUUUGCCUUACCAUGAAUUUUCAGAAUGUAAAAUCCUUUCUUAAGCAGUAGGAGUUGAUAUUUCAAUAGUAGUGAAACCGUGUUUUGCCAUGUGAAUACUAAAUUCUCAACUGAAGUCUGACUUCAGAGAAAUCUGACUUCAGAGAAAUCUGCACCGAGUUUGUAAGGCAAAUAGUAUUUCAGGGAUAAAAAAAUAAGUAGCUAAGUACACAGGUACUAAGAGUGUGAUAACUAAACAGGAGUAGUGAAAGAAAUGCAAACUAAAACAAAGCUCAAACUGCAACAACAAAAACACAUCAGCAAAAAACUAAUCAACAGACAAACAAGCAAAUAAUCCCCUCUCCCCCCUCCAUGCCAA